UGCUGCAUAUAUGAUUUGGCAUUCAAGCCUGAUGGAUCUGAAUUGCUUGUAGCUGCUGAUACAAAAAUUUUCAUCUACGAUGGCAAUGAUGGAACAUUAUUGCAGUCCCUUAAAGGACAUAAGGACCUCGUUUAUGCGGUAACAUUCUCGCACAGUGGCGAGAGAUUUGCAUCCGGCUCUGCUGAUUGUACAGUGAUAAUUUGGACAGAACAGCAUGAAGGGACACUCAAAUAUAUGCAUAAUGAAGCGAUACAGUGCUUGGCUUUUAGUCCAGUCACAUGCACACUACUUAGCUGCUCUAUUAACGAUUUCGGAUUAUGGACACAAGCUGAAAAAAAUAUUAGCAAGCAAAGGACACAAAGCAGAUGCACAUGUUGUGCUUGGAGUCAUGAUGGGCAAUUAUAUGCGAUUGGAAUGUUUGAUGGCACUAUUUUAUUAAGAUCUGCACUUGUAUAUUUUUUUUUAUUUAAAUUUUCUAGCUGCUUUUUUCAAAAAAUUUCCAACUUUCCUCGUUCAAAAGAACAAAAAGACGUUCAAAGUGGAUUGAGCAGUCAGAUUAGAUUCGCAUCACAUCGCUCAUAUGGGCUAAAUAAAGCAAAUUUAUCGCAUUUAUCAAGCAAACCAGUUCAAGCUUCUCGUUAUCAGAAUCAGCGUCGCAAUACGCCGGAAGAUCGGUUCGAGAUUCUUAUUUUCAGACUAUAUUCGAGCGAAAUUUUAGCAGUUGGAGAUUGGGGACAAACUGUUGCAUUCUAUGAUCUCGAAGGCAACCAAGUAGGUCGUGAUGAUAAAAAGCUCGGUUAUGAUCCGACUGCUAUCGAUUGCUUUAAUUAUGAUCAGUUCUUUAUUAUUAGUGGAUCCAAUCGACAAGUUACACUAUACAGCCGCGAAGGAAUCACUUUGGGAGUUAUUGCACAAAUGGAUGCAUGGGUAUGGACGGCAAAAUCAAGACCAUUCACCAAUGCAAUUGUCGUUAAGUUUAUUUCAGCUGGAUGUAUUGACGGAACACUGGCAUGCUAUCAUUUGAUGUUUAGCACAGUUCAUGGAUUGCAUAAGGAGCGAUAUGCUUAUCGUGAAAAUAUGACUGAAGUGAUUGUGCAACAUCUUGGAAGACAAACAUCAGUUCGGUUAAAGUGUAAUGACCUUGUUCGAAAGGUCGCUGUAUAUAAGGAUAGAUUAGCAAUCCAGUUAAAUGAUCGAGUUGAUAUCUAUCGCGAAUAUGCAGAUCGUGAUGAUGGCCAGCUGGAAUAUAAACUGACGGAUCGAGUCAAUCAUGCUUUCGACUGUUCACUACUUGUAAUCUGUAUCAAACAUUUCAUACUAUGUCAAGAAAGUAGACUUCAAUGCUAUGAUCAUAAAGGUUUGAAACAACGAGAAUGGCUACUGGAUUCAAUGAUCAGAUAUAUAAAAGUUAUUGGUGGUCCACCAGGGCGUGAAACAAUUUUUAUUGGCCUUCGAAAUGGAGCUGUUUUCAAAAUAUUCGUGGAUAAUCCGUUCCCGAUUAAAAUUUUGCAACUAAAAAGCGCAAUACGCUGCUUGGAUAUAAGCCAUCUCAGGCAAUAUUUAAAAUUACGUCUAGAAACAUUUUCGGCUUCCAGGCGUAAACUGGCUGUUGUUGAUGAAGCAGGUAUUUGCAUGGUAUUCGAUAUAACCACGAAAGAACUUCUGUUUCAGGAGCCAUCAUGUAGUAGUGUAGCGUGGAAUACAGAUUAUGAAAAUCUCUUAUGCUACUCAGGUGGAGGCUUUCUCAGUAUAAAAGUCAACAACUUCCUUCCAUACCAACAACGAAUGGAGGGAUUUGUUGUUGGGUUUUCGGGAAAACGAGUUUACUGCCUACAUCUGUUUGUUAUGACCUCCAUGGAAGUACCAUUAUCUAACCAACUCUACCAAUAUCUGGAGCAGAAAAUGUAUAUGUAA